GACUCUGGGCUGAUUCGCAUUCCCUGCUUCGUGGUGGGACCAAGUGUGAAUGAGCCCCCCCUCCCUCCCAAACCGCUGGUAUUUCCUGCCCCCUAUCCCCUACCCCUUGCAGUCAGUAUCGGGGUGUGAAGGGGGUGCGAGAGAAGGGCGCAGGGAGGGGUCUCCGCUUCCCUCCCGAUGACUCCCCCAUCUCUCUUCUCUCCCGCCAUCCCCCCAGCGCAUUUCCUGUACCAGUCGACCGCCGAGUGUUACUUCCAGUCCAACGGGAGCGAGGCCAGAUCGGGGCCAACCCCGCCUCCUCCGCGGGUGCGCUUCCUCGAGCGCCACUUCUACGACCGGCAGGAGAUCGUCCGCUUCGACAGCGACCGCGGGGAGUUCGAGGCCGUCACGACCCUCGGGGAGCCCGACGCCGAAUACUGGAACAGCCAGAAGGACCUCCUGGAGGACGCGCGGAGGGCCGCGGAUUAUUUCUGCCGCCACAACUACGGUCUUGCGGAGAGCUUCGCCUCGGGGAGGAAGAGUAAGCGGGUGCCCGGCGGCGGGAGGGCAAGCGGGGCAGGAGGGAGCGUGAACGGGGCAGGGAAGGGGAGCACCCCUGGUCCCCAGACCCGUGGGGCCUGCCGGCAGCCCCCUCCGGACAAGGACAGGGAAGGGAAAUAAGUGGCGGGAGGAGCUCCUUUCUUACCACUGUGGACCAGACAGAACAUUCAUUUAUUUCUCUAUUCAUGUAUUUAGUCAAUAUAAAUACCUCCCAUUGAGCAAAAUGACACUGUGGCCAGUGUACAACGAAUUAAAAUAAAUUGAA